AUAAUAAAAAAAUAAAUUAAAAAAUUAAAAUGACAAAAUGAUUAUUGAGUUGAGGUAUUUUUCCUACUGUAAAAUUCUUGAAUUAUGUAUUUUAUAUCUAUAAAAACAGAUUUGUGACGAAAAAUACUUUACCAUGUGCAAGUGCGACGUAUCUUCAUUAUAAACCGAGUAAUUAAGACCCAUAACUAAUGUAAAAAGAAAUGUGGAUACAGUGCUGUUCUAUUUUUAUGUCAAAAUGUUUAAAAAAUACUUACUUUUAUUAUUUUCCUCAUUAAUAAUCACCGCGUCAGCUACACAUGUAAAAGGAGAGUUUUCGACUCAGGACUUUUUCAAGUUCUUAGUGAAGUUCGGCUUUCAAAAGACUGAUAUACAUUUCCAAAAGGAAACAUAUGGCUACAUUUUCGGUAACAUCACAUCGAAAGAAAAUUUUAAAUAUCCAGUGACUUUUGCAGUUUUGGACCGAUCACAUUUUUUACAUUAUUACAAAAGUCGUGAUAUUAUUGAUAAGGAGUCGGCAUGUCAGGCGAUGUUUCAACAGCUAAAUGGCUCUGCUUAUCAUCCAAAGUGCAAUGCCAAUGGUCAAGACCUGUUUAGGAGGAUCCCUUGUCCUGAAGGCAAACUCUGUGUGGAUGAGGACACGCCAUGGAAUGUGGUGAAAAAAAAUCAAUUUACAUAUGUUAUUCAAAACAAUGGACAGCCAAGGUUCUGGUAUGUUUCAAUGGUGUCCUGCUAUUUGGAUGAGGCAACUUGCACAUGGCACCAUUAUUCUGGUGCACCAUCCUCUGACAACAAGACCUUGACAAACACACCACAAACUAUAGAGUAUGACUUCUGGCUGGUGAAUGGAAGCCCUAACCUCUCUCUCUCUAACACAAUGUUCUACCAGUUCUCAUUUGACAGACAGAAUACAUUGGAAUUGUAUUUGGUUUUCUGGCUGUGCUAUAUUAUACUUCUGCCUGUUCAAAUUUAUGCAGUCAGAACACAAAGGCAUCCUGUCACUAAGCUGUUCACUUCAAGCCUUGUGCUUGAGUUUGUGGCUCUCUGUUUCAAUGUGCUACACACUAUGAAGUUUGCUGCAGACGGUGUUGGCUUCCCGGGGUUGGAUGUAGCUGGUGAUAUACUGGAUAUUAUGAGCAGAACCCUCUUUAUGCUCUUGCUCCUUUUGUUGGCAAAAGGCUGGGCCGUCACCAGAUUAGAGCUGACAUACAAGCCACUGGUUUUUGGAGUGUGGAUGGUCUAUGGAAUUGUUCACAUACUAUUGUAUGUUUGGAACACUACGGAAGUGGAUAUAAUAGAGGAGAUAGACGAGUACCAGACGUGGCCGGGCUGGCUGGUGCUCACUCUGCGCGUGGCCAUCAUGACGUGGUUCGUGCUGGAGCUGCGGAACACCAUGAUGUACGAGCACAACAUGCCCAAGCUCAACUUCCUCCUGCACUUCGGCGCCUCGAGCCUCGUGUGGUUCGUCUACUUGCCGAUCAUAGCGCUCAUAGCUCUGCAGAUUAGCCCGCUGUGGAGAUUUAAAUUUAUUUUAGGUAUAACUUACUCUGCAGAUUGCCUGGCGUUUUGUGUGAUGGCGCAUCUGUUGUGGCCGACGCGCUCCGAGCAGUAUUUGUUGCUAACACCCUCUGAUUAUACCGCGGGUAUAGAGGAGCUGGAUGAGUUCAGCGAAUCGCCGCACGUCGUCCACAGCGACACAGUCGCGCUGACGGCUGACAGCAUCAACGCUGACGACGAGGAGGUCAUCUUCACGCGCCCGCACAAGAACGGCGUCGCCUACUCCUAGCAACGCGACUAAGUACUGUGACCUCGUGGAGAAGGUAUAAUUGGUCAACUUUAUACUUCUGGUACCUUAUAUUGAAGGUAUACACGUGUUCGUAUAAAAACGGCGCUGUCUGCUCCUAGCAAUGCGACUAAGUACUAUGACCUCGUGGAGAAGGUAUAACUGGUCAACUUUAUACUUCUGGUACCUUAUAUUGAAGGUAUAGAUACACGUGUUCGCAUAAGGACUGCGUCGCCUACUCCUAGGAACGCGACUAGGUAUUGUGACCUCGUGGAGAAGGUAUAACUGGUCAACUUUAUACUUCUGGUACCUUAUAUUGAAGGUAUAAAUUCAGGUGUUCCUAUAAAAACGGCGCUGUCUGCUCCUAGCAACGCGACUAGGUAUUGUGACCUCGUGGAGAAGUUAUAACUGGUCAACUAUGUACUUCUGUUACCUUACGUAGAAGGUACAUAUUCACGUGUUCGCAUAAGAACUGCGUCGCCUACUCCUAGGAACGCGACUAGGUACUGUGACGUUGUGAAGAAGGUAUAACUGGUCAACUUUAUACUUCUGUUACCUUAUAUUGAAGGUAUAUAUUCACGUGUUCGCAUAAAAAUUGCAUCACGUACUAGCAACGCUAGGUAUUGGGACCUUGUGGAGAAGGUAUAACUGGUCAACUUAUAGUCUGUUAACUUAUAUAAAUCGCACAUAGUCAUGUGUUCGCAUAAGAACAGCGUCCUAUAAUGCGACUAGGUAUUGUGACCAUGUGGAGAAGGUAUAACUGGUCAACUUUAUACUUCUGACACCUUAUAUGAAAGUACAUAUUCAUGUGUUCGCAUAAGAACGACGUCGCCUACUUAUUUGUUAGUUGUUAUAUUGCAAUGGGACUAGAUACUGUGACCUUGUGGAGAAGGUAUAACUGGUCAACUUUAUACUUCUUGUACCUUAUGAAGAAGGUAUAAUAGUUCAAUUACUUGUGUAGCAAGCAAAAAAAAUCUUGCUACGAAACUUGAUAUGGAGCAGGUAUGGUAUGUGAAUAAUGAUAGAAAGCAGAAUCUUAUUUCUGGCUAUAGGUUAUUAAUUUUUAACCGACUUCCAAAAAGGAGGAGGUUCUACGUUCGGCUGUAUGUAUGUUUUUUUUUUAUCAAGUAUUAUUAUCCUAUAGUUACAUACUGCAUUUUGUUAAACCGAAAUUUGUAUAAUUUCGAGUUGUUCGAACGUUAUUAUAGAGGAACUCUAUUUCGAUUUUCGUUUUCGAUUACUGUAAAAACUUGAGGUACUGAUAUUAGAUUAGCUGUCGACAUCUACGUAUUAGGUUAUAAAAUCAUGAAAAUAAACUACAUUAGUUUCUUAAAUUUAAGAAAUUUAUUAUGGCUGGAGUUUAUUUAUGUAGUAAAAUCCUUUCCUACUUAUACCCUGGGAAAGCUAUACAAAUCGUUCUAGAGUACAGAAUUUAUUGACCUAAGGCAAUUGAGACUACGAUAUAUUCGAUUACGACAUUGAAGUUACGACUCUACGUAGUUACGAUUCUUCGUAGUUACGACUCUUCGUAGUAACGACUCUUCGUAGUUACGACUCUUCGUAGUUACGACUUUUCGUAGUUACGACUCUUCGUAACUAGUCGACUCUAACGAAAAUUUAAGAAUGUCUCUCCCAGUAUACGGGAGGGGAAAAGAAAAACUCUACUUUUAUGAGUAGAUUUUGCAUCAAAUAAUGAAUAUAAAUAUAGUUCUUUUUUUACAAUUAAUUGUAUAUUCUUUAUUUACUUUAUUAGAUAAGUCGGCACCAAAUUAGUUAUAACAAAUACAAUCAGUAUAACAUUUUUCUAUUUACUUUUUAUAUGAUUUUUUUUACCCUUGUAAAUUAAUUGUACAUAGUUUAAGGAAACUUGAGCGAGAUAAUUGAUAAAAUAGCAGAGAGAGGUUAGGGGAAAUCAAAUCAAAAUAAAAAAAAAAACAUUUUAUAUACGCAAAUUUUUUUACAGAUCAGAAAAUCUGAAGUAGCGAUUGUUCUCGUCUAAGUUUUCUGCUCACUUUUUUAUUUUUGUACAUUAUUUAAUUUAAUUAUUAUUAAUUCAGAUUGACUCGAAUUACGUAACCUUAAAAUAUUUUUUUUUACUAACUAAUAUAUUUUUUAUCUCUCUGUUACUUUAAGUAGUUGUCGAUAUAUAGACCUUUCUUAAAUUGAAGAUAAUCACUUUAAGAGAAAAGUCAGUACGUACAUUCUUAUCACCAUUACAAAUGUAUUAAAAUAUUUUUUUAUACAUUUGUAAAGCAACGUAAUGACAAUAUUAAUUUAUCAUUAUUCAUAUUAAAUUGAUUUUUGAUUGAAAUACAAACGCACUCUAGCACAUUUGUGGUUUAAAUACAUUGACGUAACUGUACAACUGGCGUUGACAGAGGAGUCAAUAGACAGUUUACUGGCGUGCCGUUUUAAAAGAUAUACGAUUUGGACGUACCAGCAUACUACAACAAAGUAUGCUGGUAUGUCCAAUUUUUUGGAGUUUACUCCUUAAGAAUCAAUUUUUCUUAAAUAGCCCCCGGUAUAAAAAAAAUAUGGGCAGUAAAAUUCGAUGAAGGAAUGACAGCGUUACGUUUUUUGUGCGCAACCUAUUCUACACACCUGUUAGCGGGCUCGCACGCCGCGGCCUGCUGCUCCGCGAUUGCACACCUUUUACUUUUCAAGCGUAUGUAUUGAGACGUACAUAGUGUACGCUGCGGGGCAACAUACACCUAUUUAGACAAUCGAUCUGAAAGAGUAAACUCUAUUCGUGCGUCGGAGCUGACACACUUUUUUUUUCAUUAAUUUCAAGGUUAGUUUAAUAUAAUUUGCAACAAAUUGAGACUAAUUUCAUGCUCACACGUUUUUUUUUAUUAAAUAAAUCAAUUGGUAGUUGACAUCUUUUAUCAAAGUUAUACCCUUCGUUGUACGUCAAAAAAACAACACGCUUUACGAUAACUAAUAUCGAAUUGGCUUUUUUUUGUUUAUUUACAGAUUCUUUGCAUACUAGUUGUUUCAUUUUUUGAGCUAAAGAAAUGAUAUUGUAUCUAUCUGUAUUGUAUCUAUCUGUCUAUUUACUUUUCUGUUAACGAAAUGGCACCAGCUCUCCAAAAAAAAUCGUUUUAUAACACUUAUUUUUCAAGUCCACCUCUUUUCUCACUGCGGGGGCUGUGAUGUUGUUUAAUACUAGUCUUAUGAAAUUACUUUUUACAAACAUUUUAUAGCUUUACUUAUUCAAAGUGCCAAUUAAAAAAAAGUAAAAUUCAAUUUGGUUAAAAAUCAAAAUACUUACCCAGAUGUUUAUGAAAAGUGUUCAGACUCUUAAUAACAAUAAGUAUAUCACGCCCAUGAGAGGUUAGAAAAGUUGACAUUCCUAUUAGGUAGAUUAUGUUUUAUGAAAAAAAUGCAUAGAGUUCAAUCCAUAAACAUUAUUAGAUGUAAUUGUAGACGGAGUACAGUUAAUAGACAAUUAUUUAGCGUGCCGUUGACAAAAUAUAUUCGAUUUUGAUGUGAUUUUUACAUCGUAACACAAUACACUCAACUGUUUACACUUGCCAGACCUCAAGGUCCUGCAAAACCAUGCGAUAUGUCACCGAAUAUCGAAUUUACUUGUGUCAAUUCUUUCAAAUCCUUGCAUAAGUUGUUUUCUGUUUGAGAUAAUGUGACGGAUCAUAUACUUCUCUGUCUAGUGCCUACAGAUGUAAAUGGCUAAUAUCCGGCCGCUCAGAGAUUGCGUUUCUGAGAAGUCGUGGUUGAAUGGGCGAUGUAACUUAGAGCUAGCGUCCAAGGUUGUUGUACUGUUUCAAGGUUAUGCCAAUUCUUUGUCUUUAUAGUGAUGAGACAUCAAACGAGGCAAUAUUGAAUAUAAUUUGUCCCAUUGGAUCAUGACCUGGCAGAAACGCAAUCUCUGAGCGGCCGGAUAUGAACGAUUUAGCGGCAAGUAAAUGGAUUUACAGGCUUUGUUAUUAGUAUCUGAGAAAAUAUCAGUAAACUUGUAUUUUUUUAGAAAUGACCAAAUAACAGCCUAAAAAAUUAAAAAAGAAAUCUAAUCUUGAACCUUUUAAAGCAUUAAAGAAAUCUGUUUUCUUGUCACAAACGGUUAAAUCAACGAUAUGCAAAAAUUAUAUAACAAUGACUAAUGGAGAUUAACGCUUUUUAACAAUGAAUGUGUUUAUUAAAAUUUAUUGUGAACAUAAAUUACGCAGUGCUGUCACGAGAUCGGAAUAAAAUUGUCAAUUAAUUAAAAAUAUAAGUACACUUAUCUACAAAUUAUCGUAGACAAGGUGCUUUAUCAUAUAUUCGAGUUCGUAUGUUGAUAAACUACAUCAUAGCAUAAGAUUACUGUAAUCCCUGUGAUAAAUAGUCCUUAAUAAAUUGUUUUUUUUAUUGUGUUACCGUGGUAUCUUUGUAGAAAUAAUGAAUUUUUAAGAUUAGUUCUUUGAUUUUAUACUAUUAAGUACUUCCUGAAUUAUACUUUAUACUGUAACUAGCGGACGUCUGCGACUUCAUCCGCCCUAAGACCUCCUUAAUCCGGCCCUGUAAUCUGUUUCAACUUUGUACGUAUUGCGGUUUUUGAAAUUUCGUGACCUUUUUCAUUCAUAUAUUAAUAAAAUAAAAAGUGACAGCACGGCAUUUUGAAUGAAGAAUCUAUUUAUAAUCCCUAUCAUUGAGUUCAUAAUUCAGAAUUGACUGACAUGGUGUUCUUUUUACCUAAAUGUUGAUGACUAAUUAUUGAAAAUUGAGUAACAUCUCUAAUGUUGCUAAACCAACUUAUGGUAAAUAAGUUUUGAAACAUGGCAACACGUUUUUACAACAAUUUAUAAACCUGCCAGAAAUUGUAAAUUGUUGAUGAAUUUAUUAAAUUUAAGCUACCUAUUAGUAAAAUUACGAUUUUGUCGAAUAAAGUCUUUGUGUUAAAGAUUAUUGUUAGAUAUAUAAUAGUUGAAUAUAUUAAUGAAACGAAAAAAUAUUGACUGCUAUAUUUCAUAUCUUUUCGUUGAAGUAAGUAAUGAAAUAAGAGGUUAUUGAAAAAAUCUCGUUAUUCUGUAAUUGUUAUAAUGAAAAACAGUACAUAAAUGUAUAUAUUAAGUUAAAAAAUGAUUUUUUGUUCAUCUUAAAAAAAGGCAUUUUUUGGAUGUUCACCGGUUUCACCGUCAAUUGUAUAACGAUUUUGAUUAUUUUGAUAUUGUAUAGGUACUUAGAUACUUCUGAUGAAGUCACUUGAAUGUUUUUGAAGUUUUUGUUAUAGACAAUUAUAGCCCACCAUAUUACCAGUGCCGGCUCUAGCCCACGUAGCGAUCGGGUACAUUCAAGACACUAGCGAUUCAAAUGGAAUAGAUAUGUAUUUAUUUAGAUUUGACGGCCUCCGUGGUGCAGUGGUAUGUGCGGUUGAUUUACAAGACGGAGGUUCUGGGUUCGAUCCCCGGCUGGGCCGAUUUAGGUUUUCUUAAUUAGUCCAGGUCUAGCUGGUGGGAGGCUUCGCCGUGGCUAGUUACCACCCUACCGACAAAGACGUACCGCCAAGCGAUUUCGCGUUCCGGUACGAUGUCGUGUAGAAACCGAAAAGAGUGUGGAUUUCAUCCUCCUCCUAGCAAGUUAGCCCGCUUCCAUCUUAGAUUGCAUCAUCACUUACCAUCGGGUGAGGUCGUAGUCAAGGGCUAACUUGUAGAGAAUAAAAAAAAACUGAUUUUUUUACCAAUUUUCGCCUUUAUUUAAAUGUCAACAAUGGUUUAAUAGUAUUAAAUGCUCUACUUUGAGCAAUGCCAGAUAUAUUCCGGCUAAAAGUCCCUGCACCCACGUUCUCUGCAGUUCUACUAAAGACAUCAUAUCAUUACAUCUUGUACUAAAGGCAAAGCUGUCACAAUGUAUAGUGAUUGUUGAUUCUGAAAAUGCACCAUUAGCGCAAAGACCACCUGGCCUAAUCACAACUUUGGUCUUUAUUAACAACCUAAUAAAUUAUACAUUAAAUCAACUGUGAAAUGUCUUAAACCUACUGUAGGAUAUCCACGAAGGGUUAGAGUCUAACUAAUUUCAGUAGACUGAAAUCGCCCGCCAAAUUUAAAAAAUCAUUAAAACAAAUUCAAAAAACAUGCGUUUUUUUUUAUUAAAAAAACAUGCGUUUUCAUAAUUUGUUUAAAUUAUUUUUUGUUUGUGAAUACACCUAUAAAUAAGUAUUAAACUCGGUUAUUCCAAUAUUUGCACUACAAUUUUCAAAAUUUACCACGAUUUUUUUUUAAAUUGGCAGCCGAUUUCAGUCUCUACUUUCAUUGGAUGACAUUUGUUAGAUAGAAUCUCAAUUUCGUAUUGAACUUAGUGAAUUAGCUUGCAGGGCAUGUUUUAGGUGCUGGAAAGAUAUUUAAAUUUUUACAGACUCUCCAGAAGCGGUCGAGCUUCCUUGACCUUUUACCCUGAAUUUCGAAAAUGUGAAAACCCUGACUAUCUACCAUUUGCCGUAAGUUUUAACCGACUUUAAAAGGAGGAGGUUCUCAAGUUAAUCGGUAUGUUUUUGUAUGGGCUAGUUCAUGCACAUAAUUCGUAAUAUGCCAAAUCGAUAUCGCUACUACGCACUGAGAAUAAGACUCCUUUUAUUAGUAAAGUAUUUGUAGAUCAUGGCUUUUAGAGACUUCAUGUAUGUAUGGUUUUACGUAAUAGAUGAUUUAAUGUGUAGGUAUACUAUGUCAGGUUACUAACUUAAAAAAAUCUGUAAGAAUAAAUCAUCCAAAUAUUAGAGUAGCAAUUGGAUCAAAUGUUCAUCUUUAAGUAGAUUAACGCAAAGUUUACGACUUGAUAGUUUAAGUAACGUACGUCACACAAAUAUCUAAAUAUAAAUUAAUUUCUAAAAGUGUCUUGUACGUAGUAUGAAAUCUGAAUAUUCCUUGUGCAAGGUACUUUUUACACGUAUGCCAAUAUUUUUAAGUUUAGAUAUUUGUGUAGGCGAAUUAGAAUGUGUCAAGAAUAUUGUACUAGAUAAACCUAAUGGUUAUUUAUUAAUUAGGUAUUAUAGAACAUUUUGUAAAUUUAUAAAAAAUAAUACGAGUUAAAAUAUAAGAGCACUUUACACUGGAUGUUUGCACGAGACCACAACUAUGUAACGAAGUCGCUCGACGUGGAUGUUCCUUAAUGCUUAUGAUUCGAAUAUUACGAUGUGAUUUUUCAAUUUAUUGUAAAUAUGUGGAAUUAUAGUACAACUAGAUCUCUCAUUAUAUUAUGUGAAUGGAACUUUAUUGAUGAAAUUUGAUAAAUGUACUUAUUUAAGUAUAUGUAUGAAAUAGUUUUUUACAAAGGAUUUUUGAAAUCACUGCAAUUGAUGAAGAAUAAUUGUACCAAGUUUCGUUAAACGUCCGAAUCCGAAAGUUAAUUCGUAGAGUAGUUUUUGUUUCUAUAUCGAACAUAGAGGCAGACAUUCAUUUUUGGCAUCAGUAUCAAUCACUAAUCACCCCCUGAUAGUUAUUUUGGAAAUAUACUUAUUUCAUGUACAGAAUUGACCUCUACAGAUUUAUUGUAAGUAUAGAUUACUGGAUAGUAUAAUUGCAGUGAUUUUGAAAAGUAACUAACAAAAAGCACAGUUCCAUUUUGUGAUAAAAAAUAUAAUUUACAAGAAAACUUACAUAGUAUAGCGCAUAGUUUAAGUGAAGAUAUAUUUUUCAAUUGGUAGUUAACGACUACUGAUUAGUUAUUAUUAAUUGCAUUUUAAAUAAAUUUAAAAAUAUCUGGGUAGUGUUGUCUAGUGUUAAUUUAUUAAGUUGUCAUGUGCUAUGUACCUCACGAACAAUGAAGGCCGAAAAGAUAAUGUGCAUAAAAUAAUAUAUGAAAUAAUCUCUAUA